UCUGUCUCAGGCACCAUUUGCACCCUUGCACUUGCCCCAGCAGCUGCACGCAGCUGCCAACUGAAGUGGCACUUGAACUGGCAACCACCAACUUCCCCGGCCCUCGGCCCCCAUCGCUCUUGCCAGCCCUCGGCCACGGGAAUCGCCAAUCUGACUCGCUAACCAAUUAAGCACAAGAACACAUCGCAGAUUUGCCUGCGCUUCACACCGUCAGAUCUCGCUUACAUCCACCAGACGGUACGCUCGAGGGCCCUGUGCCUAACCACACACCCUCCACGCACCUUAGUCAACCAUAUCCACUACAUCGCUGACUCGGUUUCGAUCACUCGAUACACUCGAUUCAUAAUAUUUCCUGCCAAGUUGUUCAACAUGCUUGUUCACAUUGGAUGCCUUGACAAUGCACAACCGAUGGCUGCUUCCGAAAAGCCUAGAAUCUAUUCAUCCACCGAAUUACGGGCUCUUGUCCAGGACAAAAUGUCUACUCUGCAGAUCCCCUCAUGACCAGACCAUUGGUACACGUACCCACAGGCUGGAUCUAUUGUCUGAAGGAUAACCGUCUGGUAUGGGCCAAGGCCUUCUUUGAGCGAAUCCGAUCGACCGGGUGGUUUUGAUCGUUGUGCUCCGCAAGCCAAUUCUUGUGGAUCUUUCAAAGGCGGGGUCCGAGGGGUCAUCAUGCGUCUGUCCGAGAGCCCGGGAGCAUAUAUCAAGGACAUCAUGGCCCCUGCCUCAGCUGGAGUUCCUCUUUUCCAACAGUUAUAGCUUGAGCACCACCCGUCGCUGCGAACCCUGUCAAUACCAAGUCCUCUCAUCCACCGAGCCAUAAUGGUUCUCGAAGUCUACUGUGACCCAUGCACCGUCAACAGCCACAAGGUGUUGGCCGCCCUGGACUACCUAGGCACGAAAUACAACUUCCACCAUGUCAACUAUUUCAUAGGUGAACACAAGAGCCCUGAGUACAUGAAAAUAAACCCUAAUGCCACUGUGCCUGCCGCCGUCGAUGGAGACCUACACCUCACCCAGUCCAACUCCAUCUUGCUAUACAUUGCUGAAGGAAACGAAGAGGCUUACCCCUCAGACCGCAAACUCCGGGCACAAAUCAACACUUGGUUGCUCUGGGAGGCCUCUUGUUGGUUCCAGAGCUGCUAUGUCUACCUGGUGGAAUAUGUCGUCAAGCCCUUGUUGAAGGCUGAGCCUGACCCAGCCGUAAUCGAUGCCGAGUCGGAGCGUUUCAACAGACUCGCUGGCAUUCUCGACACCCAACUUAGCAAGACAAAGUACCUUGUUGGUGACCAUAUUACUAUUGCCGACUUUGCCGUCGCAGCCCCCGCACAUCUGCACGCCGCCCAACAGCUCCCUCUAGAUAAAUACCCCAAUCUCAAACGCUGGUUAGCCGACAUGGACAAGGUACCUAGCUGGCAAAAGACACAAGGUGCAGUGGACAAAGCGCUACUGCCAGGUAAGCCAGCCACCAAUGGCACUGGGUCGGCCAAAGGGGUCAAGGCUAAUUUCAACUACACCAAGGACGUUGACCCAAAGUUGACCGAGAUCUACUUCUACGAGACCGAUGCCGCCAAAGACACCCACGAGCCCGGUGACGACCCGCACGAGAUGACGGUGAUGGAUGGCUGGCAUCGGGCCGAUUCCUUUUCGACUGAGAAAGAGGGGUUUGCCCUUGGAAAUUUCCAUACAGGAUUCGAGGAGUGGGAGGAUGAAGAUGCUGUGCGAUCUCAAUUUUAUCCAGAGGUAGUCGACUUUCUCAAAAAGACAACAGGUGCCACGCGGGUCUUGGUGUUUGACCACACGAUCCGCACGCAGAAAAACCAGGCCAAGAAGUUGACCCAGGAAACCAAUACAUCACAGCGAGCUCCUGUGAUGCUAGUUCACUGCGACUACACCGCCGAGUCAGGUCCUCUGCGGGUUCGCCAAUUACUUCCAGACGAGGCCGAUGAUCUACUGUCACGCCGCGUCGCCUUCUAUAACGUCUGGAAACCUCUCCACAACAUUGUCGAAGAACGGCCUCUGGCCAUGUGCGAUGUCUCUUCCUCGCCCUCAUCCGACUUCUUCAAGCUUCACCUUCGCUACCGCGACCGGAACGGCGAAAACUAUGUGAUGCGCCACUCGCCAUCCCACAAGUGGUGGUAUUUUCCCAAGAUCACGCCCGAACAAGUCAUUCUCCUCAAGACUUAUGAGUCUGACACGUCAGGUCGAGCUCGUUUCGUCGGUCAUUCGGCUUUUGAAGAUCCUACUUCGCCUCCAAAUGCCCCUAUCCGGGAGAGUAUCGAGAUCCGUACCAUUGCAUUCUUCUGAGCCCGUUACUAUAUGGAUCAAUAUCGGUUUGAGGUCUUGGUGUAUCUUGCUAGCUGGUCAAGAUUAAUGUCAGCUGUCCAGGGAGGCGCAGGGGUCCUGUUCAGGUUGCUUCGUGUGCCAAACACAAUAUCUGGUUUCAUACUUUAUCUAGCCGUGUAACGUAACGAUUCUGGGUUGUCUAUAAUGCAGCGUCAAAACGAUAUCAUUAGUCGAGUCAAAGACAACAUCUGAAUUCUUGGAUACAACCCGUG